AUGCUAGUGGUUGUACCAGGUGUACCACCACCCCCACUGGUAUACCAGUACCACUACUACUACGUCCACCACCACUACUACUACUGUUACGUACUGAUAGCGAAGACCGCCGUGUUGGCUGCUCGAAUAUAUCAGCGGACCUUCCGGUCCAAUAACGCGGUUCCCGUCCCUCAGGAUGAUUUAGACUGGGGAGCUAACUUCGCCGCAAUGCUUGGACUGACAUCUCCCGAGGCGCACGAAUUAAUUCGCCUCUAUCUACUUCUUCAUGCAGACCACGAAGGAGGGAAUGUCUCUGCGCAUGCCGCUCAUGUCGUUGGCUCUGCACUAUCUGACGUAUAUUUAGCCACAACAGCUGGUCUGGCGGGACUUGCAGGCCCUCUGCAUGGUCUUGCGAAUCAAGAAUGUCUCAAAUGGCUUCAAAACGCUGCCAAGGACCUUGGGGAAAAAGACCCGACACCAGAAACAGUUAGACAUAUAGCCCAAAAAACGCUGGACAGUGGGCAAGUAAUUCCAGGCUAUGGACAUGCAGUUCUUCGCGUUACGGAUCCUCGAUUCCUCGUGCAACGUAGGUUUGCCCUUAAGCAUCUAAAAGAUGACGCACUUUUCAAGUAA